CGGCCGGCGGUCUGUGCCGCCCGGUGCGGCCGCGGCCCGUCCGCCUGCGAGGAGGAGGAGAAAAGCGGGGCUGGAAGGCCCCGGGGGGAGCUGCCCCUGGGGCCUACUUGUGCCUGCUGCUGGAAAUGGGGGUGGGGAGGAGGAGGCCGUGAUCGCUGCCCGCGCCCAGCGCUCGGUGUUGGAAGGGGCGCAGCUGGACAGGGACCGGCCUCGCGUGGGAUCGGGCACGGGCUGGGGGAAGGGCUCUCUGCCGGGGCACGGCUCACCCCCGCCGUCGGGAAAGGAGUGCCCCCCACACGUGAGCGUGGGCUCAAGGGACGAAAAGCUGGUGCUGUCUUUGCUUUCUGCUUUCCAGAAAAUAGCAUUGUCCCUGUGUCCUGCAGCCAUCAAGAUUUUAAGACGACUGGUUUUUAGUCUUUGGUAACAUGGCAAAAGAUGCUGGACUAAUUGAAGCCAAUGGAGAGCUUAAGGUGUUUAUAGACCAAAACCUAAGUCCUGGAAAAGGGGUUGUUUCUCUAUUGGCUGUUCAUCCUUCCACAGUAAAUACAAUUGGAAAACAGCUCCUGCCAAAAACAUUUGGACAGUCUAACGUCAACAUUGCACAACAAGUGGUUAUCGGUACACCUCAGAGACCUUCAGCGCAAAAUACCAUCCUGGUAGGAAGUCCGCAUACGCCUAACACACAUUUUGCAUCACAGAACCAGACUGGAGAUUCUUCACCUUGGUCUGCUGGGAAGCGGAACAAAAAAGGCGAGAAGAAUGGCAAGGGUUUACGUCAUUUCUCUAUGAAGGUUUGUGAGAAGGUACAAAGAAAAGGAACCACCUCAUACAAUGAGGUGGCAGACGAGUUGGUUGCAGAAUUCACUACCACUGAUAAUCACAUUUCACCAAAUGAAUCACAGGCUUAUGACCAGAAGAAUAUUAGACGACGUGUCUAUGAUGCCUUAAAUGUCCUUAUGGCCAUGAAUAUUAUCUCUAAGGAGAAAAAGGAAAUCAAAUGGAUUGGUCUACCUACUAACUCGGCUCAGGAAUGUCAGAAUUUGGAGGUGGAGAAACAGAGAAGAAUUGAAAGAAUAAAGCAAAAACAGUCUCAGCUACAAGAACUCAUUCUACAGCAAAUUGCCUUUAAGAACCUCGUCCAGCGAAACCGUCACGCAGAACAGCAGGCAAACCGACCUCCCCCUUCCAAUUCUGUCAUCCAUUUGCCUUUUAUCAUUGUGAACACCAGCAAAAAGACAGUGAUAGACUGCAGUAUCUCAAAUGACAAGUUUGAAUAUCUAUUUAAUUUUGACAAUACUUUUGAAAUUCAUGAUGAUAUAGAAGUACUAAAACGAAUGGGAAUGGCUUGUGGGCUAGAAUCUGGAAGCUGUUCAGCAGAGGACCUAAAAAUUGCAAGGAGUUUGGUUCCUAAAGCUCUGGAACCAUAUGUGACAGAAAUGGCUCAGGGAUCAAUCAGCAGUGUAUAUGUCACAUCUUCAUCGGGUUCUGCGUCAAACGGCACAAGGUUUUCAGCCAGUGACUUUUCCAAUGGUGGAGAUGGGAUGUUGGCUACAAGUUCCAAUGGAUCUCAGUAUAGUGGCUCCAGAGUUGAAACACCGGUUUCUUAUGUUGGGGAUGACGAUGAUGAUGACGAUGAUUUUAAUGAAAAUGAUGAUGACGACUGAUGCCCUUUGCUUGUAGACUAUUUUUUUGUUAAAAUUCAGCAGGCUUCAGGAAUAAAUUGUUCUAGGGAGAAGUGUCUCAAAUUACUUUGCCCCAUCCCCCAAGGAGAAUAUUGGUAAGCAGUUCUGAGUUUAGAAAUUGCACCUCUGAUAAGCAAACAAGGAUUGUUUUAUGUAGGAUAUUUUUAAAUGUGGUGUGGAUGUGUGUUUUUGAUACCAGUGUGUUAAUGCAGAGCCUUUAUUUACUCUUGUUUUAGGGGUUUUUGGUUUGUUGGUUGUUUUUUGUUUGGGAUUUCUUUUUUACUUGAAGGAAAAAGAAUUUUGCCCCAAAUGUUCUUUCAAAGUUUGCUAAAGAAAAUGUAGACACAUCAUUGAGAAAUAAAAUACUAUCCUUCUGUGGAAAA